ACCAGCGCUUGAGGCUUGAAGAGGGAGGUGAGCUGAAAGAGGUAUGAUUUUUCUUAUGGAAGGAUAUUCAGUUAUUUUAUGAUGGCAUUUGCACCUCCAAAAUGCAUAGAUGGUCCCAAAAUGCAGACAAAGAUGAGUACCUGGACACCCCUAAACCAUCAGCUUUUGAAUGAUCGGGUAUUUGAAGAAAGAAGAGCUCUGCUUGGAAAAUGGUUUGACAAAUGGACAGACUCUCAACGGAGAAGAAUCUUGACAGGCCUGUUAGAACGUUGCUCCCUGUCACAGCAGAAGUUCUGCUGUCAAAAGCUUCAGGAAAAAAUUCCAGCAGAAGCUCUGGAUUUUACUACCAAGCUUCCAAGGGUGUUAUCUUUAUACAUCUUUUCUUUCCUGGACCCCCGAAGCCUAUGUCGUUGUGCACAGGGUAUAUGGAAGAAGCACUACAUUCAAAUGGUAAAAGAACUUCAUGUUACCAAGCCUAAGACGCCUCCAAAAGAUGGGUUUUCCAUUGCCAAUGUUCAACCAGUUACAAGCAGGUCUCCAGGGGAAAAGCAGUCUCCUGCAUCAGCUUUCCGGUCCUCUUCCUCUUUGAGGAAGAAGACUCACGCAGCGGAGAAAGAACUCCCACCCUGGCGAUCCUCUGAUAAGCACCCAACUGAUAUCAUUCGCUUCAAUUAUCUGGACAACUGUGACCCCAUUGAGCAAAUCUGGCAAGGGAGGAGGAAAAGACAUGAAAUGAACCCAGAUUUCAGUCGACAGUCACGUGAUAAGAAAAAUAAAUUGCAGGACAGAUCUAGGCUAAGAAAAGCGCAGUCACUGGCUUGAGAAGAUUAAAUGAAAUAAUGUCACCUGAGUGGCUCAGUCAGUUCAGCAUCCGACUCUUGAUCUCAG